AUGUAUUGUACUAGACAUUAAAAGGAAGUUAAUUUUUUUUGCACAAAUAGCAAUUGCAAAGAUGCAAGAUUAUUUUGUUUUUGCUGCAUUUAAAAUGGAAUGCAUAUUAGUCAUUCUGUUGAUUAAAAGGAAAUAAAUUAAAUAAACAAUUUCAUUUAAGAAAUCCAUGAAAUUAGCUAAAAUUUACUUCAAAUUGUAGUUAAAUAAUAACAAUUGGCAUAGGAUACUUACAAUACUUUAAUUACAGGAAUAAAAACCAAAUAUUAAAUAUCAAUAGAAUGCUUUAAUAAGAUCAAUUUGGAUUAAAAGACUGAAGUGUUGAAUACAAUGAUAAAAUUUAAAGAUGAAUAAAAGAAACAAAUUGAACAAUAGAUUCAGGUUUUGGAUAAUCAAUAUAAAUAAUUACACAAUUUCUAUUAACAAUUAUAAUUAAAUAUUACUCCAAAUUAUCUACUUAUUUAGAAAUUCUAAUCACCAUAAGUAAAUCAAUUAAAACCUUUUACUCAAUAACAAUUUUAGAAAUAAACUCCUUUUGUCAUAAUAUAACCUUAAUAAUUCUAAAAUUUGUAAGCUUUUCCUUAAGAUGCCAAUUAAUUUAAUUAAAAUAAACAAGUUUCUCUUUAAAACACAAAUUAAACAUAAAAGUUAUAAUUUAAUCAAUAUCAAUAUCAAAAAUAAUAAUAAUAAAAUCUACUUUAAGAUGAUAAAUUAAAAUAAACUGAUCUGCAAAUGAAUUAUAAUGACUCAACAUAAAAUAACAAUUAAGUUCCAUAAGUUUUGCCUUUUAUCUAAUAAUAACAAUUUAAUCCUAGUAAUAUUUAGCUAAACUAAAACUUAUUCUACUAACCUUUAAAUAUAGAUAAUCAAAAAUAAAUAAUUAAAGAAUAGCUUGAAUAAUUGACUAGGAAAUGUAAACUAAUUGAAUAAAAAAAAGAGAAUGAUUCAAUAUUAAAGAUUUAUUUAUAUCCUAGAUAUCAAGCAUCAUAAUUUAAAGAUAUUAGUGAAUUUAAAACUUUAAUAGUAAUAGGAGAAACUGGAGUUGGCAAAUCAACUACUAUUAAUUUCUUUUGUAACUAUUAUUUGGGGGUUCAAUAUGAUUAUCCAUUUAGAUUUUUAAUUGUUGACGAAACUGGAGAUAAUUUUCGAAAUCAAGCUUUCAGUUAAACUUCAGAAGUUCUAGAAUAUUAUUUAAAAGGAACAGAUGGAAAACCUGGUUUAAGAAUAAUAGAUACUCCAGGAUUUGGAGAUACAAGAGGAUAAGCUUAUGAUGAAUAAAUAACUAAAUUAAUUACAGAUAAGUUGGAAGAGUUAGAUUCAUUAACUUUAAUAUGCUUUGUAAUUAGAUCAACUUUAAACAGAUUAACUAUUCCUCAAAAAUAUGUUAUGAAUAAAUUAUUGCAAUUAUUUGGUAAUGAUGUUAUUGAAAAUUUUAUGUUCUUAUUUACAUUUGCAGAUUAUGAUGAACCAGAAGCACUUCAAGCAUUAUUCUUUCCUGGAGAUAAAUAACAUUCUGCAAGCCCAGUUGCUAAAUUUAUAGCUUAAACAAAAGAUCCUUAUUGGUUCAAAUUUAAUAAUUCAGCAUUUAAAGGUGUCGGAAAACCAACAAUUUAUAAAACAUUAUGGGAUGAAGCUUAUGAUUAAUUUUAAUAAUUUUAUGAAGAAAAAAUAUUAAAGACAGAGUUUGUCAGUUUGAAACUCACUAAAGAAGUAAUAUUUGAAAGAAAAUAAAUAUAAAACAUAAUUAUUCACUUAAAACCAGAAAUUUAAAAACAAUUAACUUUAAUAGAUGAAAUUGAAGUUUUAGUUGAGAGGAUUGAGAAACUUUCAUAACAAGAAUUCGAAUCUAAAAAUUUCAAAAUUUCUUUAAAAGGAUUUGAAAUUGUCAAAAUUGAUUUAAAACCAAAAGAAUAUGUUACCAAUUGUAUCAAAUGUAAUUUUGAUUGUCAUUAUCCAUGUAGUUGUGGUGAGUAUACAAGAAAUUGUUGUGCAAUGAGUAAUGGAUAAUGUACAGUUUGUGAAGGCAAAUGUAAUUGGUAGGAUCAUAAAAAUAUGAGUUUUCGAUUUGAAGUUAAAGAGAAUGUUAAAGAAGUUGUUUUAGAAGAUUUAAAAAAAAGACACUAAGAAUUAUCUAAAAUUAAGAUAUCCAAACAAGAUUUGCUUAAUCAACUAAAUUAAGACUUAUUAAGUAAUAAAUAAAAAUGCUAAGGUAAAAUUUAGUAGUUAUUGAAAUCUGUUAAAAGAUUAAAUGAAAUAGCAUUAUAACCAGCAAUCAGUGAUGUCGAAUCUGAAUUUAUUGUCUAUUUGAUUAAAGAAGAGGAACAACAAAAAAAGCCAGGAUAUGAAGCAAGAAUUAAAAAUUUAUAAACUAUUAAAGAGUAAUAGAAAUGGCUUAUUGAUUAAUUAAAUAAUAAAUGA